CUAUCUUUGGUAAUUUUUGUUCUAGUUUGAUAGACUUUAAACACUACUAUGUUCAUCUCACGGAACAUUUUGCCAUUGCCUUAUAUCAAAGCAGAGAUUAAUAUUUCUUCCCUUUGUUACAGAUGACAUAACCGAGAAGACUUCACAAAACGCAGAACAAAUGUAAAAAGAACUUAAAAAUAUAAUCUCUGACAAUAAUAAAGCCAAAUUCAUAGUGUAGUUAAAAUAUUUAUUUUAAUAAGAUCCGUUAUUUAUCCGGUUAAACCGUAACUAGCCGUUAUUUCAAAAUGAGUAUUGAUUCGAAUUCGUCGGCGAAACGUUUGAAUUUGGAACGGGCGACGAACUUCAUGAGGCAGUUCCGAGACCCUGAUUCGAGAGAGUUGAAGAAGCUGUCAGCAAAUCAGUUCAUGGAAGUGUGGAGUCAUUACGACAGAGACGGUAACGGAUAUAUCGAGGGUACCGAGCUGGACGGCUUCCUCAAGGAGUUCGUCUCCAGCGCCAACUUCACAGACAUCAGCCCAGACGUGAGUACCUUUACUAUAUACAGGGCGGAACACGGGUAGAGUAGGUAAAAAGCAUCCAAGAAUUACAAAAUAUACAAGGCAGGACAGAUACGAAUGUGAAAGUACCGUAUUUUCUGUAAAUUACAUAAAAAUCAAUUAAAGUUUAUUAAAAAUUGGAAUUUGCAAAAUAUAUAGCCUGUAAUCAUAUUACAAUAAAGACGAAUCGAUAGACACCUCAUUUAUCAAAAUCGGCGUACUGGAAGCGACGGUUGACUGGAAUUUAAAAUUGUUACAAUAUAUUACAUAUAUAGGAUGUUAGAAUCGUUUCCUUUCUUCGUAACACUGUAGUCGGGUAAAAAAGAAAAUAGCAACUGAACAUCCUCACGGAUAAAGAUAUCCCACUUUGGUACCACAUAGACAAUCAACUGAGAUUUGUAUAUCCAGACAGUACGAACAGAAAGAUAAAGAGGUCAAUCGUUGACUUUCAAGAAUUCUAAUUGGUGCACGUCAUAGGCUUGCAGAAGUGGAACGAUGAGUUUUUUGCCACGGGAAGGAUU